AUGACCGAUGAACAACCUCUGGUGUCACAAGGUUCGAAAAGGAUGCGCACAGCGUACACAAGUGCACAGUUGUUGGAGCUGGAAAAGGAAUUUCACUUCAACCGUUACUUGUGCAGAUCGCGUCGGCUCGAGAUGGCCAAUCUACUCAACGUCAGUGAGAGACAGAUCAAGAUCUGGUUCCAGAACCGACGGAUGAAAUAUAAAAAAGAAGACAAGCUGAAAAGAAUGGCCCCGUCUACGAAUGCUAGCCGGCCGCUAUCCCCACGAAUGAUCAUUCGUGAUUCACUUAAAUCUCUCACUGAGAUUAACAUCGAUUCUCAGUCCGUUAACAGUCCUCAACAUGAUGUGUACAACUCAUUCUCCACAACUCAUGUAAUAUGGCUGGUCAGCAGAAAGCAAACCUGCACCACAGCUCUCGGUUUUGCACUUAUACCAGUCAACAGACAGGCAAACUACGGAAAGCAGGGCCGCGCUCACUUGGAAUAUGGCCAUCAGAACAUUCUGAGUCAAGGAGAAGACUUUAUGUAUCUCCAGUCCCCUGGCUUUUCUGUUGCAAACGUCGGACCCAACACUGGGACACUCGGCGAGUCUAACUGUAGACCAGGACCAGUCACAGUUUGUCAAUAUCCAACAUAUCCCUAUGGAGAGAAAGAGCAACAGCAUAAUUAUAACGCAUAUAGUAAAUACUCCGGCCUGACGUAUAAUGACAGUGACUCAAAGAAGAACCCUAAUCUAGCACCAACUUUCGACUGGAUGAAAGUAAAGAGGAAUCCGCCUAAAACAGUCAAAGUCACUGAAUAUGGACUCCACGGCCAGCAAAACAUUAUUCGCACCAAUUUCACCACGAAGCAGCUCACCGAACUUGAAAAGGAGUUCCAUUUUAACAAAUACCUUACCAGGGCACGACGUGUCGAAGUGGCCGCUACGCUUGAACUCAACGAGACCCAGGUUAAAAUUUGGUUUCAGAAUCGCAGAAUGAAACAGAAGAAACGCGAGAAAGAAGGAUCUGUCCCGAACAUAAAUCGAGCUGCGGAUUGCGCUGCUGGACAAAGCACAAACAACUCAACUACCUCAACGCCAUCUGGAUCUCCAAUCUCAGACACUUCAGUCGCAAACUAAGGACAGUAUGUUUUAUGUCACUGUGGCAAACGAAUCUGCAAUUCCAAGUUCCAACAUUCUGUUGCUGAGGACGUCCACGUAACUUAUUGUUUAGAUUUAGACCAAAUUUUAAAAUCUUGCAGUUUUGCCACCCUGUUUCUCUUAUCUAACAGUUUGUGAAUUUUGGAAACAUAUUUCCUCCAACUUAAUGCACGUCGCUAGUUUCGAAGAUUUUUUUUUUUUCAAAUGCCUAAGCAUUUGGAACUAUAUAAAUAUGAUGUAAUGCAUUUAAAUCCACAUUACUGUCGUCUGCCAGGGAAAGGGCAGUCUAAUUUGCACUAGAAAUGUAUACUUCUGGGGGAAAAAAGGUCGUGUAUUCAUAUGUAUACAGUAAUCAUUAGACCUGUUAAG